GAGAUGUUUCAUUUUAUGAAACAAUCUUUCCUUUCCAAAAUCCAACUCAGGUUACAAAUACUACUCUUCCAUUACCUGUCUUUUCAUCACUGUCUCCAGACUUUGAUUUUGAGAAAGCUCAUACUGAGUUACAUUACACAUCAUCUCAGUCUAUCAUUCCCCCAUCCAUUCCAUUAUCUCAACAAAGUCCUGAGUUGGUCCCCACAAAUAAUAAUCUUGACUUUACUACCAUGGCUACUCCUACUCCCCCAUCCAUUUCAUUAUCUCAACAUGGUCCUGAGUUGGUCCCCACAAAUAAUGAUCUUGACUUUACUACCAUGGCUACUCCUACUGAUUUGCCUCCACUAAGGAGAUCAACCAGGCAGAUCAUCAAGCCAGCUAGAUACAAGGAUUACAAAUGCAAUAUGGCUAGUCAAGCCACUUUAUUUUCCAAAACCAGAUACCCCAUUCAAGCAUUACUUUCCUAUAGUUCUCUUAGUCCCUCCCAUAAAAGAUUUGCCAUGGCAAUAUCACAAGUCAGGGAACCUAGAACCUACAAAGAGGCUGCUCAAUCAGAUGAAUGGUUGAAAGCAGUAAACUCUGAGUUUGCUUCUUUAGAAAAAACCAAAACCUGGGUUCUUGUAGACCCCCCUCCCAAUGUUCCCAUUAUUGGCAACAAAUGGGUCUUUCGGUUGAAAUUUAAACAAGAUGGUUCUAUUGAUAAAUACAAAGCCAGGUUGGUAGCAAAAGGCUACACACAAACACCUGGUGCUGACUAUUUGGACACUUUCUCUCCUGUAGUUAAAAUGACAACCGUUCGAAUUAUUUUAGCUCUUGCAGCCAUAUAUAAUUGGCACCUAGAACAAUUAGACGUAAACACAGCCUUCCUUCAUGGUGACCUCAAUGAAGAGGUUUACAUGAAAUUACCACCAGGUCUCCCAGUUAGCCCUGCAGACAAAAACAAAGUCUGUAAAUUAACAAAAUCUCUCUAUGGCCUUAAGCAAGCUAGCCGACAGUGGUUUGCUAAGCUUGCAGCUACAUUAGAAAGCCUAGGCUAUCAGAAAUCACACUGUGAUUACUCCCUGUUCACCAAACAACAGAACAACUCAUUCACUGCCUUACUUGUCUACGUUGACGAUAUUAUUUUAACUGGUAAUGAUAUGGCAGAAAUCAAGCAUGUCAAGCAUCAAUUAGACCUUGCUUUCACAAUAAAAGACCUUCGACCACUAAAAUAUUUCCUUGGUAUGGAAGUUUCCAGGUCAGACAGUGGUAUUCACUUAUGUCAAAGAAAAUACACUCUUGAUCUGUUAACUGAUACUGGUUUUUUAGCAUCCAAGCCAACCACAACCCCUUCCAUUCCUGCCACACACUUGUCUGCUACAGAUGGCAUUCCCUUAAAUGAAACAGACCACAGUAGUUACAGAACAUUGAUUGGUAGUUUCCAAUAUCUUUGCACUACACGUCCUGAUAUAUGCUACACUGUUAAUCAACUCAGCCAAUUUGUUGAUUCACCAACUACAGUACAUGAACAAGCAACCCAUAGAUUGCUACGCUAUCUAAAAACAACUCCUGCUCGCGGAUUAUACUUUCCCUCGAACUCAUCUCUUCGUUUGACUGCUUUUUCAGACUCUGAUUGGGUUGGAUGUCCAGACACUCGUCGAUAAACCACCGGGUUCUGUGUGUUCUUAGGCAACUCCCUCAUCAGCUGGCGUUCAAAGAAGCAACAAACCAUUUCCAGAUCUUCAGCCGAGGCAGAGUACAGGGCUUUGGCUGAUACAGCUCAAGAACUUCAAUGGAUGACAGCUUUGUUCAGACAGCUACCUGUACAACCUCAGCAUCCAUACACCAUUUACUGCGAUAGUCUUUCUGCUGUCAAAAUGACACAGAAUCCAGUGCAGCACGAACGGACAAAACAUAUAGAAGUCGACUGCCACUUCACCAGAGAUCAGGUCCUUUCCAACAAGUUGAAAGUACAGCACAUCUCUACAACCUUGCAGCUUGCAGAUCCAUUCACUAAAGCUCUUCCAGUCCACACCUUUGUUGAUCUUAUUUCCAAGCUGAACCUGAAAUCGAUUCACGUUUAGCUUGAGGGGGGGUAUUAGAGAUACUAUGUAUCAGAAUGUAAUAAGCAUAAACUUAUGUAGGUAGAAUGUAAUUAGGUUAGGUACUAUAAUGUAAAUUAGACAGGUUAGUUAGGGACUCGUAACUACUUUACUCUUCUCUGAUAGACAGAGUAUAAAACCAGUGAACUAAGCUGGAGAAUGUAAGUUUUGUUUUCCAAUUCUCAAGCAAUAAAGAAGAAUUCAUCAGAAAUCUGACAAAGAGUAGUUCCUCUUCCUCUCACUCCAUUAAACUUAAGAACCCCCCACCGCCCUCUUUUUCCAUUCUUCAUUAUUCAUCCCAUCUCAUCUCCCAAUCAUCUUCCAGCCAUAAUUCCCUCUAUUCGUAUGUAAGAACCUUAAUCCCCGAUUCUAUAUCAGCUAAUAAUACCCAAUUAUCUUCUCAUUCGAUCUAUUUCUCUUUCUACAUUGUCAAUUCAUGGUACAGGGUGACCAUAUUUGUCUCAAAUUGGUAUUAGAGUAUGGUUGACCACUACUAAGUUAUCUCUUGGAGACCUAAUUCGUCAAUUUUCUACAAAAUACGCUGAAAUUAAUAGGCACAACCUUGAAGAGAUCUAGGUUUUGAUCACAGAGUUGUCCUAAAUAGUGCGAGGAACCAAACCAGCAGCCACGCCUGAAGCGCUACUGGCGGGCAAAGUGAAGCUAGAGUCAAGCCACUGCUAGCAAUCGCCUAUGAAGAAGAACGUUGAAGUGAAGGCGCAGAGAAAGGAUCAACGUCGGCUCAUGUUGCAAACUGAUCAUAAUUUUACUACUAAAACAUACAUUAUUACUAUUUACCACUAAAAAAUCACUUGAUACCACAUUGAUUAUUUUCAAAGAGUGGCAGUGGUUUAUAAGGCCAACUUAAUCACAUUAAUUACAUUGGUUUAAGUUGAGCCUAAAUGAUCAACUUUUGGGCUUCAAGCAAGGUACCUCGGUAGCCACCCCAUUGACACCAACCACAUAAACACCUGCCUACCAAGUAGGCUAUAUAAUCGACCCACAAAGCACCCACCUAUCAUGUCAAGCAUGACAUCAUCCAAAGGGGGGUCAAGCAUCGACCACCCAAGUAGGCAUGGUGGUGAAGAAAUUCGGCAAAGUCUUGAGACCCAACCACUAGGGGGGGGGGGGGGGGGGGGGAGCAUGAUGUCAUGCAAGGUGGGUCAAGUACUAAGUAUCAUGGUCGCCUACCUACCUUGCACUAGGGUAUCAAGCAUGAUGUCGUGCAAGGGGAGGGGGGGGGCAUGGCGAUUCAAGCAUUUAGCCACCCACGUACCAACCACAAGGGAGGUCAAGCAUGAUGUCAUGCAAGGAGGGCCUUGCAGUCAACCAUUUAGCCACUCAUGUACCAACCACAAGGGGGGUCAAGCACCAAGUACCAAGCAUGAUGUCAUUCAAGAAGUGUUGGUGCUGGCAAACUUUGUCGCCUACCUCUCAAAUACCCAAGCAGGGCAGAGUGCAUGGGGGGCGACACUUAUGUUUCAAGUAUGAUGAAAUCGGCUAAGUAUGGAACUUUCUCUUGCCCACCUACAAAGAACCAGGGUGCCAAGCAUGGCGCAUGCCAAGGGGGUAGGCACAAUGCACCAUCAUUCCCAGUAGUCGGGUAUGCUAGGCUUCAUGGGUCACUACAAGCAUGAUGCCACCAAGCGUGAAGCCACCCCAAGGGGGUCAGUGAGCAUCCAUCAAGUCCCAAGCACAAUAGCAUCAAGUAUGAUGUCAUACUAGAGUGGUCAACAUGAGGACCACCAAGCGUGAAGCCCUCACUCACCAAGCAAGAUCCUUUCAUGGCAUAAGGGGCUAGCUAUCAAGUAAAGUCAUCUAAGUGCAAGGUAUCAAGUGGCAAGCACGCAAGCAAUGCAGUCAAAAUCGCGUUUUAAAACUAAAAAACUUACGGUUUUACG